GCGACCCCGGGCGGCGGCGGGGACGCUGAGGCGAAGCGACGACGACGGACGGGCGGCCGGCCGGGCGGGGAAAGGACGAGCCGCCGCCAAGACGGACUUCCUGUGGGACAAGCGCACGGGGCUGACGGCCAAGAAGAUGCCUCGUUCUCGGAGGUUUCUGUCUUCGGAACGCAGCAGCCGGGGCAGCUACCGCGAGUGUUACCGAAGCCGUAAACACAAGCGGCGACGGAGUCGUUCCCACUCGAGUAGCAGUGAGCGAUGGCGUCACAGAGAGGACAGCUAUCACGUCCGAUCCCGGAGUUACGACGAUCACUCGUCCGACCGACGUGCCUAUGACCGGCGAUACCUGGAGGAUUACCGGCGAGACGGCUACAGCGACCGGGGCGGCGAUGCCUACUACGAACCCGAAUACCACCCUUCGGAUGAGUACCAACGUUCCCGGGACGGCAGUUACCGGAACUGCAAGAGCAAUCGGCGGAAACGGCAACGGAGACGGCACGGAAGCCGCUCCUUCAGCCGUUCCUCCUCGCAGAGUCGUCCCGGCAGCAGGAGGAGAGCCAAGAACGUGGAAGUCGACGUGGAAGGCCACCUCAUCUAUCGGGUCGGCGACUGUCUGCAAGAGAGAUAUGAGAUCAUCACUACUCUCGGGGAAGGUACCUUCGGCCGCGUGGUGCAGUGCAUCGACCAUCGCAGGGGCAACACCCGAGUGGCGCUCAAAAUCAUCAAGAACGUCGAGAAAUACAAAGAAGCCGCUCGCUUGGAGAUCAACGUGCUGGAGAAAAUUAACGAGAAAGAUCCCAACAACCAAAACCUCUGCGUCCGGAUGUACGACUGGUUCGACUAUCACGGACACAUGUGCAUCUCUUUUGAGCUCCUGGGCCUCAGCACGUUCGACUUCCUGAAGGAUAACAACUACCUGCCCUACCCGCUCCACCAGAUCAGGCACAUGGCCUACCAAGUGUGCCAGGCGGUCAGAUUUCUACACGAGAACAAGCUCACCCAUACAGACCUCAAGCCGGAGAACAUCCUGUUCGUCAAUUCGGACUACGAGAUGACCUACAACCUGGAAAAGAAACGUGACGAGCGCAGCAUCAAAAACACAGCCAUUCGGGUGGUGGAUUUCGGCAGUGCCACUUUCGAUCACGAGCAUCACAGCACCAUCGUCUCCACGCGGCACUACCGGGCACCCGAGGUCAUUUUAGAACUUGGCUGGACUCAACCUUGUGACGUUUGGAGCGUCGGCUGUAUUAUCUUCGAGUAUUAUAUGGGCUUCACCUUGUUCCAGACCCAUGACAAUCGCGAACACCUGGCUAUGAUGGAGCGUAUCCUAGGCCCCAUCCCAUCCCGGAUGAUCCGAAAAACAAGGAAGCAGAAAUAUUUCUACCACGGACAUUUAGACUGGGAUGAGAAUACCUCUGCGGGGCGCUAUGUGCGCGAAAACUGCAAGCCGCUCCGGAGAUACCUGGCGUCCGAAGCCGUAGAACACCAUCAGCUCUUCGACCUCCUGGAGGGCAUGCUAGAAUACGAGCCGGCCAAAAGGGUGACCCUCUCCGAGGCCCAAAAGCACCCCUUCUUCAGCGUCCUCCAACUACAGCCUGCCCCGAAAGCUUGGGAUUCGAACCGGGACAUCAGCCGGUGACCCGUCGGGCCUCUUGGCUUCGUUUCCUGAACCCUUGAAACCCCCCUCCUCUCAAAACGUAUUUGGCCCCUGUGGUGGCCGGGCACGUCUUUUCUCCAUUUUUGGUGCUUUUCCGACCAUCCGAAGAACACAGAAAAAAACCUUUUUGAGUUCUCCUCUCCUCCAGGUUCCCUCCCUUUUUUGUUACCUUAUAAAGUUUGUGGAUAUGUGAAAUAGUCUGUAAAUAUCUCUCUCGAUAAAAUAUAAAUAUAUAAAUAUAUAUAUAUAUAUAUAUCUCUGUAUAUAUAAAUUAUAUAUAAAACACACAGGAUAUCUUGUGCCAUUUCCCUCCCUCUGUAAAUAAUGCUACCAUCCCUGUCCCCCCCUCCAUCCUCUCUGCCCGGUUCUCUACCCUGCGUGGAUUUUGCGGUUGUCGGACGAUUAUUUUUUUUGGGAGAACAAACCGCAUCCCCGUUUCAAAUGCCGGAAUUUUAUAUGAAUUUUGUACAGUCCUGGUGGGGAAAAAUAAAAAGGCCACGUCCAAUGAA